CUCUAAUCGAAAGCGCGGCAAUACAACAGUAAACACUGUAGACUAGAAACAAAAAAGUAGACAUGGAUAGUUCUGACUUAGACCAGACACAAGCUAUUCAGCUUCCAUUUGAUGAUGACGAUGACUUAACUGACGAGCUAGAGUCUGACGUUGAAGAUGGAGGCACCAAAAAACCAGUUUCCUUCUUGAAAGUUGUACUUCAGUGUGGACUUCAGGAAACCAGCUACCCUCUUUAUGAAGGAGACAACAUAAUUGGAAGGAGUUCAGACACAUGCCAUAUUUGUAUAUCAUCCAAGUCACUGUCCAAGGAACAUGCUUGCAUUCAAAUAGUUAAUGACACUCACAUGAUUUUUGAUAAAAGAAGCAGAAACAAAACUCGGAGAGGAAAGCUCCUUUUACUUCCUGAUGUACGCUAUGAACUCAAAGAUCAAGAUGAGAUUUAUUUUGCAGACGUCAAAUGUAUUUAUCUGUUGCCCAGUGAGGAAUCUCCAGCAAAAUCUCUGGAUCAUUCAGAUGUGUUGGUAGCAAACACACCAGAGGCGGAGAAAAAGUCAGUGGUGCAUACUCUGAGAGUGUCUGAUUCAGAGAGUGAACCCGAGCCCGAGCUAGACAGAAUCAAGCUGAGAAUAGAGGAGACAGUACUGUGUGAAGACAGUGAUCAUGACAGCAAUGAUCAGGACGUAUAUUAUGGUGCCACACAAAGAUAUCCCAAUGUUGUCGCCAAGGGCCAAAACAGUGAUGAUGAAGAUUCCAAUUUAUCAGAGACAUUUCCUCUACAACAGAAAGAAGAUACCAAGUUGAAUAACUCAUCAGAAGAAAAAUCUGAAACCAAAACUUCUGACAGUGGAGAUAUAAACUUUGAGGAUGACAGGGGUAGACGAGAGGAUGUUAAUCCAAGCUUAUUCUCUGUGUCCACUCUGGCAUGUGAUACAACAGUGACAACAAACCAAAGAGCUGGUUCACAGUUUGCGAAAGAUGGCUCCAGUGUUGAGUCUGUAGACAGUGAAACACUCAAGGUUCCUAAGAUGGUAGACAGCGCAGACACAUCCCCCAGCUCUGAGUCAAGUACUACCAGUAAUAAAAGGUUGAGGAAAAGAAAAACACAGAAUAAGACUGAUGAAACCCUUGUAGACAGUACUUUGGUGCUGGUAGACAAUUUAACAACAGAGACACAUGAAGUUUCAGCGAAAAUGUUAAGAAUGUCACCUGGAAGAAGAGGAAGACCUCGAGGGGCUAAGCAGAACAGAGGCUCUCAAAGAAAACAGAAAGAGUGUCUUACCAUGAUGGAUGAAGAUUUCAGCAAUGAGGCAACAACUCAGAUGCUACAAACUUCGUUGAUGGAAGCUACACAGGACUUUAGAGGAGCUGCUGAAAAAAUACAGUCCAGCGAUUUGAAACCCAUUAGUGGUUCCCAGCUUGGGGAUGACACUGAAGAUUUCAGUGAAGCCUCAGAAGAUAGACAAGCAGAUGAUUUGAAUCCUGAUGGUGAGUCGCGAAUCACUUUGAUGGAUGACACUCAGGACUUUAGAGGGAUUGCAGAAAAACAACAACAGGCUGAUUUGAAAGCCGAUGGGUCCUCACAACCUUUCACUGUGAUGGAUGAAACCCAAGAGUGUGAUAAGUCUACAGAAAAUGAAAGCGGAGAUGAAGAAUUUGGGACAGAAGAGUUGACUCAGGCUUACGCCUUGGGCUGUGACUCAAGUCCUGCAGAAGAGUCUGCCUUGGAUGAGACACAGAAGUAUGACAUGAUUGAAAAUGAUGAAAAUCUAGCAGAAGUAAAUGAGAGAGAAAGUCACCAAGAUAAACAGGACAUUGAGGAAGCAGUAGAAGAAGAUAACUCGUAUGAUGAUUCAGAUGUAGAGGCAGAAUCAGUUCUCAAGACAGACAUUGUGUGUCAGGACAAUCAGCUCAGUGAUGAAUCUGCAGGGGACAACACAACUUUACAAUUGGAUGAUGACAAUAACAAUGAAGAUGGUACCAAGUUAUUUAACACUAAAGAGCAAAAUGAAAACUUGCAAGACACAAUCUGUGAAUCUCCAGUCAAGUCUACAGAAGAAGUAAGUGAUCCCCCAGUGAGUUCCCUUGCUAAAUCCCCACACAAGUCUGCACUGGCCACCAAGAGAAGCCCUCGUCAUUCACCUACUCCCAAACGUGUGGCUUUCACUGAGGAUGCAUUGGCUGUUAAAGGUCAUGAUGUUAAUUCUAAUUCAGGUUCACCAUCUGAAAAGAGGAGCUCUGAACAAACUCUCAUAAUCACAUCAGAAAUUAUAAGCCAAGUUGCAGAGGAGAAGAUAGACAUUCAUCCAGUGGGUGAUAUGAAAGCAACUAGCAAAAAUGAGUUUGGUUCAUUGCAAAAUGAAUUGCCAGAAUCAGUUCCAGACGUGGCACCACUUCAACCUGAAAACUCUCCUGCUGUGAAAAGGAGAAGAGGUAGGCCCAGUACCAAAAACCCACCAGAAAAAAAACUUGUUUCUGUGGUACAAGAAACUGAAAUAAACCCAGCCCAGGAAACACAAAUUGGCAGACGCAGGUCAAGAAAAUCUCAGCCUGGGGGCUCAGCUUCGGUGGUAACUGAGACUUCAGCUGAAGACAUUAUGAAUAAUUCAUGUUUAACAGGCGAAAACACAUUAGUCAAACAAAAGAAUGUCAAGGUCACUGAAGCUGCUAGCGAAGAGCAUAAUUCUGAUGUGGGAAACAAAGACUUACACUCAAAUGUAAAUGUGGCUAGCUCUUCUACAGAUGAAGCAACACCUGUCAGCACUAGGAGAAAGAGAGUCUCUACUCAUCCAGCUUACCUGAAAGAUUUUGAAACUGUUCAGUCAAAAGUCAGAAAGUCUAAUUCUGAAGAAAACUCUUUGGACGGGUCUAACUCGAUAAAAUCAAUUGGACGCAAAUCUGCUCGAGCUGUCAGAAGUUCACUGAUCAAAGUACAACCAUCUGAUGUUGACUUAAACAACUCUACUAGCAAUGGUUCCAUAAAAACUCAACCAGAGCCAGAACCAAUAAACACUGAUAAAAAAUCGAAUGAUUUUGUUGAGACGUCUAGCACCUCCAAUAAAAACCAGGAUAAUUCACUUCAGGCUGCUAGCACUCCAACCGAAUCUUUUAAUGAAGUAGUUGAAACAUUAAACAGUCUAAAAAAAACUCUGAAUGUAGAGUCUGCAAGCGCUGCACAUCAAAACUCUGAGGACUUAGUUGAGCAAUGUAAUAAUGUUAAUGCCAAGCCUGAGACAGAAAACUUAAAGAUUACAAACUCACUAGAGUCCGGCGACAUUGCCAGCACUUCACCUACGAAUUCUGAGGAAUCUGUCGAGGAAGCCAGCACAAAAAGGGUACGAGGAAGAGCUUCAAGAAGACAAUCUAAAUCUCACAGCGAUACAGCUAACAAUGUUCCAGCUGCUGUUAAAUCUUCAACACGAGCCCAGAAGAAAACCAAAGAGACAAUUAAGAGCACUGAUGAGGCAGGGAAUAACAAAAAUGUUGCAGCAGAGUCCAGCAGCAAGGGAGGUCAAAUUGGUAGAAAUACAAGGGAGGCUACUCAUUCAAACAACUCAUCAGACAGACAAAAACCCAACCAGCAAGAAUCAAGGGCUCAGAAGAAAACUGUAAGAACAAGCAAAACUAAGAAUGAGGUGGAGAUUGCCGUAUCUGAAGCAGAUUCCAGUGGUAAUGAUAGGGAGCAAGGUGAAAGUACAAAAGGUACCAACACAUCAACAGAGGAACACAAAUUAAAACAAUCAUCAAAAAGGGCUCCGAAGAAAAAUAAAGAGCCGAACAAGAAAAAGGUAGAGAGUGUGGAGCUUGCUGAGGGUUCCAACUCUGAUGGUGCUGCUGUUGUUGACAUGGAAACAACAGAAGUCACUCCCUUAAACACCCCAGCAUCAGACACACAAAAAUCAAAAAGGACGUCGGCCCGGAGCUCAACAGCUGUCCAGUCAAGUGUCCAGGAGACUGGUUCUCAGUCCAGUGACCAAGGAACUAAAAGGAGGACCAGAAAGUCUGAAAUUGUACCAGCACAGUCCACAAGUGAUGUUGACCAACAGGCUGAUGGACAUUUCAGUAAGAAUGGUGAAGCAGCAUCUAAGGCCAAUAAGAAGGCUACUUCUGGCUCUUCUAAAAAGGUUACUCCGCCAUCAUCCCAAAGCUCAACUGAAGAAAAAACUACCUCCUUCAGCCCAUCCUUGCGAAAGUCAUCGCUGUGCCCAAAGCCAAAGGUCAUGUUUACAGGUCUUGUUGAUGAACCUGGAGAAAAGAUUGUUAAAGACCUAGGAGGGGAGAUAGCCACGGCCAUUCAAGACUGUACUCACUUAGUCACAGAUAAAGUACGUAGAACAGUAAAAUUCUUAAGUGGCUUGUCGAGAGGAAUCCCUAUAGUGUCACCUCAUUGGCUUGAAAACAGCAAACGAGCAGGGACUUUCUUGGAUUGUCAUAAAUUCCUUGUGUCUGAUUCAGCAAUGGAGAAACAGUACAAAUUUACUUUAUCUUCAUCUAUUACAAAAGCUGCCAGCGUGGCUCUCUUAAAAGGUUAUAAAAUUCAUGUGACUAAAUCUGUCAAACCUAAUCCAGAGCAAAUGCAAGAGAUACUUGUUUGUGCUGGUGCAGCGUACUUGAAGUCCAUGCCUAACAAAGUAGCUGACAAAACUGUUGUAAUCUCUUGUCCCGAGGAUAAGAAGUUGUGUCAGCCAGCCAUCAAGUGUGGGAUACCAAUAGUGGAAGCAGAGUUUUUGUUGACUGGUAUACUCAGGCAGGAACUAGAUGCCAAACAAUUUGCUCUCUUCCCAGAAGAUAAUCAGCCCACAGAGAAAAGAAAGAAGAAAUAGAAUUGUUGAACUAUUGUGUUUUGACUAAUGUGUUUUCUGCUAGAGGUCAAUAUAGAAUUAUUAAACUAAUGUGUUUUCAACAUUAAGUCAAUGUUCUGCCUGGAAAUUCUGUAUAGUAAGUUACAGAGCUAACUUUAUUUUGUUUGAAAUAUUGCAGGCAAUUUUCUGACUUGUGAUUCAGAAUCUGAAGAACAAUUUAUUAUUCAAAUUAGUAAAGUGUAGCUACCAGUUUGAUGAUGUACAUUUUACUAUGCCUUUUUUAUGAUAAAAAAAAAAUACUAAUUUUAUUCAGUAAAAUGACAAAACACACAGCCUACUACAAUAUCAUCAAGAUUUUAAUGUCAUAACUGCAUCUGACUAUGCACAUCAAAAAUGGCAUUUUCAGAAGUCCAGGUUUGUGUCUCUCAGCAAACAUUUGUACAUUUAACAAUUCUGGAAAAUCACAUAAAUUUUAUUUUGUAAUAGACUUUUAUAAUCAUUGUUGUCAUUGCAUAAGAAACAACUCUACAGCUAAAGAAAAAUAUGUACUUCUAGUUGCACUAUGUGGAUGUUAUAAUUAAAGCAAUUUUGACUUUAUAAACUGAAGGUAAAAUUAUUGGGCUAAAGUUUUUCUACAAUUAGUCAAAAUUUGGUUUCCUUAAAAUGUAUAUAUCUGUUAAAUUAAUUCUAACUCUGGCUAGAAAUACUUUCAAAGAAAUUUAUUUUCAAAUCCAACCUUUAGAUGUUCCUGAUGUGUCAUCAUUUACACUGCCUUUAAUUUUGGUUUUAUUUGGAACAUUUUUGCUAUACAAAGACACCUAGGGUAUCAACUGUCAAGAGAUAGAUCUAUUUUGUAUUUAAAACAAAUUAUCCUUGAAUUAAGGCAACUUGUUCAGAGUUUAAAAAAUAACUUUUCAAAUUGAAUAGUGUGCAUGCACUGAUGAAAGUCAUAAAUGUUCACAUUUAAAAAAAGAGAACUUUAAAGAAUCCAAAUUUGUGCUUGAAAUGGAAACAUGUUAGAUUUCAUUGCUGUUUUUGUAAAAAGAUUUUAUUUAUUUAUUUUGGGGUGUGACUUUGAGCAGGCAUAGGCAAACUAGGCACCAGCCUAGGGCCUUCAAUUGGUGGGGGCCUCAUAGAAGACUCAAAACAAUUUUUUUUUUAAGAGAAGAACUAGCAAAACCUGUGCCCAAUAUUAUUAUUGGGGCCCCAAAUUUCACUUCACCUAGGACCUCCAAUAAUACAAGGCCGGGCCUGCUUUGAGCUUCAUAAGCAAUGUUGGCAGUUGCAAGAGGCAGCUUUGUCAUCAAAGAUUUUUCUAGUUCAAGUUUUGUAUUUGCACUUCAUGUGUUAAAAGACCAACAUUGUCCCUAUACAGAAACAUAAUAGUAAAGAAGCUUUCAGGACUUGCGAUUUGUGAGGCAGAAAAAUGUUUAGGUCCUCCAUGGCCCAUCGUUAUCAUCUUUUGGCAAGCACAAUGACCAGCCUUGACUUUUCCCCAACCCGAGUUGGGGGGACACUGAAGCAUCCUAAAAAAUCCCAAAAUUCAAAAUCCUAGUCUUGAUCAGGAUUCAAAUCCAAACCUCAUUGUUUGGAAGCCAAGUGUUUUACCACUCAUCCACCUAACCCCUUGCUUGUUUUAUAGUUUAUAGGAAAUUUCAAAGUUGUGUAAAUAUUGAACAAAAUACAGGAGAAAAAAAAAUGGGUUUAAUUUUUAUUUUUUAUAUUCACAUUGGAUUCUCAUGUAUAAAUGAAAGAAAGACUAAGUCAUAUGUUUGAAAUCACUGAACUAUAUGCUGUUGUUUUUUUUAAUCUGCUGUUUUCAUAUUUUCUAAAUGUAUAUAUGAGCUGGCUCAUGUCCUAUGUUACAACUUGUAUUGUAUUAGAGUUUCAAUGAAUGCUAUGUGUUAGUUUUGCUUUGCUCUUGUAGUAUUGUUGUUGUUUUUAGUAAAUAACAUAAAGACUAUGUACAUAAUCUGUAGAGAGCUUGUUUGUUGAAAACAAAAGUGCAAAAAAAGUUAUGACCUAAAAUGAAUUUUAUAAGUCAAAAUAUUUUUUUUUUAAAUUCAGGUAAUGAAAUUUUGUAUUAUGUGUGAAUUAAAAUGAACAUAUUU